AUGCUUCACCUGCUGACUUGUGUUCUGAUAUUCAUACCAGCUUAUCGAGCUGCCGAUCCCAUUUGCUCCCAAAGGCCGGAUGUAACUGCCUUGAAAAACUGUUGCAAGCUGCCUUCUCUGGACCUAUCAAGCUUCAACUCCAAGUGCAGUCAGUAUUUGAUCAAUGGCGCCCAUAUAUCACCUUGCAGCUUCGAGUGCAUCUUUCAAGCGGCGAAGGCAUUGAACGGCACACAGUUGGACAUGGAUAAUAUCGAGAAGAUGAUGAAAACCAUUUUGAAAUCUGAUGAAUUCGUGCACGUGUAUGUGGAUGGAUUCAUGAGCUGCAGUACUCAGGAGCAGGCACUUAUUAAGACCCUGAAACGCCGCCGUGUGCCCAUCACCGGAAAAUGUGGCUCAAUGGCCAUAAUGUAUGGUCUGUGUGCCCAUCGAUAUGUAUACCGCAAUUGCCCGGAAAAGGUUUGGAGCAAGAGCCCCAGCUGCAAUGAGGCCAGGGAGUACAACAUUCGCUGCGAUGACUUAUAGUAGAUGAAGCUAUUAAAGUGAAAUAAAUCACACACUUGCAGCUGC